AUGGUAAAACUGCACAGUUUAGUGAGCCGCGCGAAACCCGACAGUUCAACGGGCGCUGGUGCACUCUCGAGACAGCCCUGUACGCAGACUUUGGCUUGUGCGUGCGUGGAAGGCGGACACCCGUGGGAACUCGUGUUUCGCGGCACCACCCCCACCCCCAAUUACGCCACCGCCCGCGCUCAAGGUGUGUAUCGCGGAAGUGGAGGAGAUCGUCGAGUGCGGUACUCUUCGAGCCCAGUGCGGUCCAUUUGCCUGGGACCGUGUGACCGCAUCGUCAAGCCGGACGUGAUCCGCAAGGAGGCGGAGUUUGUGAUCACCCGCGCGUCCGAUGAAGAGACGGAUGAGGUGUCCAGGAAGAAGUACGCUGUACCGCGGCAUCGGCGCAGAAGCACUGCACGUCCGCCGCGCCGCGCUUGGAAACUUGACGGCAUGUACCUGAAUCUUGGCGUGGGGGUUCCCACUAUUGUGGCGAACUACAUCCUCGACUCCAUGGAUGUGGUACCGCAAGAGAGAACGUAUGGAGUCGUUCACCAUGAUCCGCGGUGGGCACAUGGACCUGACCAUGCUCGGUGCCUCCAGGUCCUCGCCAACGGCGAUAUCGCCAGCUGGUACGUGCCGGGCAAGGUGCUCAAAGGCAUGGGAGGCGCCAUGGACCUCACCGCUUCGGGCUGCAAGGUUAUCGUAUUGAUGGAACACUGCUCCAAGGAUGGCCAGUCGCGCGUGGUGAACCACUGCACGAUUCCAUUGACCGGGCUGAACUGUGUGAGCGUGCUCAUCACCGAUCUCGCCGUUUUCCGCUUUGAGAAACAGGCCGGUGGCGUUAACAAAAUGAUUUUGUGCGAAGUUGCGGAGGGCGUGACCGUGGACGAGGCCGAAGGCAAAGACGGACGCCAAGUUUGA